UCGGGUCUUGGAUCUAAGAUGACCAAGAAAAGACGGAACAACGGGCGAGCCAAAAAGGGCCGCGGCCAUGUGCAGCCGAUCCGCUGCACGAACUGCGCCCGGUGCGUGCCCAAGGACAAGGCCAUCAAGAAGUUCGUCAUUCGGAACAUCGUAGAGGCCGCUGCUGUCAGGGACAUAUCCGAAGCCAGCGUCUUCGACGCCUACGUUCUUCCCAAGCUCUAUGUCAAGCUGCAUUACUGUGUGAGCUGUGCUAUUCAUAGCAAAGUAGUCAGGAAUCGAUCUCGGGAAGCCCGGAAGGACCGAACACCCCCGCCACGAUUUAGACCUGCUGGUGCUGCACCACGACCGCCGCCAAAGCCCAUGUAAAGAGAUGUCUUCAAGAAGACAGAAGAAAAGAAACGACUUGGAAAAAUAAAAUGAGUCUUUAUAUUGCAAAAAAAAAAAA